UGUGUGUGUGUGUGUGUGUGUGUGUGUGUGUGUGUGCGCGCGCGCGCGCGCGCGCGUGUAAUUCACGUGACAAAAGAUAAAAUAUAAAAGUCAAGGAAGCAACGUACGUUCGAUCGAUAUACCUGUUAUAUCUCUAACAAGGAAAACAAAGAAAAUGAGAAAAAGAAGAUAAAAAAGUUAAAAAGUCGCGUUCUGUAAUCAUAGCUGCAAAAUUUAGAAUCUAUCAAAUUCUUGUUACACGCCGGUAUCGUCUGGUUUGUUAAUAAUUAAUAUCUCGACGAUUAUGUAAAAUAUGUAUGUAUAUUGUAUUGUGAUUGUAUCGUGUAAUUAAACCGAGAAACACUGCUAUUGACGGCUAUUGACAAUAAAGUGGAAGCCGAUCUUUUCAAGACUCAUUAAGCCUUGAGCUUGUUAAUAUUUAAAGGAUAUAUUGUAUUCAAAUUUCUUAAUUUUCUCUUCUUUCUUUCUCUUUUUUGCUUUCUUUCUUCUUUUUCUAAAUAGCCGGUCGACAAUCGACUCUCACUUUCUACGAGCUAAUAUCAUUAAUUUUUGUUCAUUUUGGAAAUUCGUUGCAACGUGUCGUCAUGCGAAAUCGUCGACGGAUGUACUUAGAAUACAUAGGUACGUGAUACGUGGUUUUACUUACGCACACGAGGAUGGAGGAUAAUUAGCCCUUGGUAUGUAUAUAUGAUACUUACGUGCAUACGAUUCCAACAUUUUAAUUAGAAAGAAAAAAGAAAAGAUCGUCGGAGCGUUCGAGCAAUCACCGAGCUCGAUAAUGGUAAAGAUCAUUUUCGCGUUUGAAUAUCUCUAUGUGACGUUUAAGGAGAUCGCUCGUUUUCGACGUAGCUUCCUCUUCCUGUUCCUCUUUCCUUUUCAGCUGCCACUCGAAACGUGGAAGAACAUUUCCUCGAUUAAAUACCGACGCGUAUCUGUCGUACUUGUAGUAUACGAGCUAUCAGCCGAAUUUUCAUUCGAAUAACGAAUAAUAUAAAUGACGAUAAUAAUAUAAAAACGAUAUAUUUAAUUUUUCCACAAUUAUAUCGUAAUUAUCUAAUAUUUCAUUCGAAAAUAUGAUACCGUCGGGAUCUAGGAGAUUCGUCUCACGAUAGAUAUGAUGACGUCAGAGCGCCGCUAUAUUCCAUCAUUUACGUAAGUAACGACGCAAAGGAAAAUGAGAGAGUUGGAAAACCGGAGAAAGGAGACGAAUUAGAAAUUUGUUUUCCUCGGGCCAUUAUACAUAUAUACAUGCAUAUAUACGUACAUGUGCGUGCGUGCGCGCGCGUGUGUGUGUAUAGAAGGAAAACGAAAAAAUAGAUUUAUCGUAGACAAAGGAAAACAAUAACUUCCGAUCGUUCCAGUUAAUCUCUAAUUUUUGUAUAUAAUACUUCAAAUAUUUCCAAAUGCAAAAUAAGAGGAGUGUUAUUAUUAUUUUUCAAUUGGUCGAAACAAAACUAUGAUCAAAACCGGAGCAACAUGGUGGAUCUCUGACGAAAAUCGUUGAGGAGAGAAGAAAGGUAGCGAACAGAGCGGUAGGGGAAAGUGGGUCCUCCACGUGUUCGCCGAUACGCGAGUACAUUCGAGUUCUUUCGUUUGUAGGCGCAACCGCGCUGCGCUCAUAGCUGCGCUCAUAGCUGCGCUCAUAGCUGUGCUCUCGGCCACUCGGAGGCCCGGCACGCAUCCUUCUUACACUUUACUCAUUGCGCGUUUCGUCUCGCAGAUAACGUUUUGUCAAUUAAUUUCCAACAUUUUUCCCCUACCUUCCGCCUACGUUCCUUCCUCAUACUUUGAGCAAAGAAGACACCAACUUUCUUGAUACUUUGUACCUUUUCCUUUGGCAAAACAAGUUCAUGUAAAGUAAUUUUUCAUUCUCAAUCAUCUACGUGCCUGAAUGUUAUAUCACGAAUCAAACAAGUGCGGGAGAUGGCGAUCUAUCUCGAGAGAUACCUUUUUCUUCUUGUCCUCUUCUCCUCGAUCUUCGUCCGUCAAUACAACGUAGGUGCAGAAAACAAAACUCUGAAGGAUCUUUUCAACAGCACGUCCUGCGCUAAGCCACCUUUCGAGUGUCCACAUCCUCAAAUUGAAUUUUAUUUGUACACCAGGGAUACGCAAAAGGAUCCUUUACUAUUGGACGUUCGAAGCUUCGAGUCGCUCUACUAUUCCAGAUUCAACAACUCCCAUACGACCAAAAUCAUUAUUCACGGUUUUGGUGGUGGUAGAAACUUGGCACCUAGUACGGAUCUUAGACGUGCGUACUUCACUCGAGGCGAUUACAAUAUCAUUAUUGUCGAUUACGGCACGCUGGUACGCGAGCCCUGUCUCUCACAAAUACAAUGGGGACCAGAUUUCUGUUCGCGAUGUAUCGCGCAAUUGGUGAGGUACUUGAGGGACCAUCCACGAGGUACAAGGGCGGAGAAUAUUCAUGUCCUUGGUUAUAGCGUGGGCGCCCAUAUAGCCGGACUGAUUGCCAAUUAUUUGCCCUACGAUAAGCUCGGCAGGAUAACGGGCCUCGAUCCGACGAUAUUUUUCUACAUGAAUGGGAAUCGUUCGAUGGAUUUAGACGAGACGGACGCCCAUUUCGUCGACGUCAUACACACCGGCGCCGGUAUUUUAGGCCAAUGGGGACCGAACGGACACGCGGAUUUCUAUGUGAACGGCGGAUCGAGCCAACCCGGAUGCGCGACCUCCUCUCUGCUCCAAACGCUCUCCUGCGACCACACCAAAGUGACACCGUAUUACAUCGAGUCGAUCACAACGAAGAAAGGAUUUUGGGCAGCACCCUGCGGCAAUCUUUUCUCUUACCUGAUCGGCUGGUGCAAUCCGCCGUUGGAGAAGUACAUUCUCAUGGGAGAGGACACGCCACAUACAGCACGAGGCAUCUUCUAUCUGUCAACAAACGCACACAGACCGUACGCCCGAGGACUUCCCGCAAAAAAGCAGCGACAGACAAGUCGGAAGCAAUCGUCCUACCGCCAGUAUUAAGCUUGCUUAAGCAGCUUAUCAAUAUAAUUAUAGAAUAGCGAAUCUGUGUACCUACUUAUUGAUUAAUUCAUUAAUAUCGUUAAUUGCCUAACGUUAGCGUUCGUCGUCGUGAUGAACGACGCUCUGUUAUUACGCUUGUCGUCCUAUGUUUCUCUUGUCUCUUCAAAACUUCUUACGUUCGUCAAAUCAGUUGUACGAUAAUAAAGGCGUAACAUCUUUUUAUCGUGUUUCACAAUCGACCCAAUUUACCCUUUGACCCAAUAACGUCACCGUUAAGUUUACUUUCGGUUGGCUAAAAUAAAAGAAAAAUAACCAAGCUCUUACUUUUUCAAUUUCAAUUUCUUCUUUCUCUUUUUCUUUUUCUUUUUCUUUUUCUUUUCCUUUUCUUUCAGAGAGACAAUACGAGAGAUGAUUAAUACUACGUAAUCUCUUCUUCUUUUAAUCCCAUCUUUCUUCUAUGAAAUCAUCUUGAUGAGUUAUUCAUUGAUGAUUAUUUUUAAACAUCGCGUCGUACGACGGCCUCAUUAUAAUAUUAAUUCGAUAAAGGAUGAUAUCGCGCAAGUUCGAUUGCUCAGAUUUAACGUCUUUCAUACUUUUUCAAGGAACACGAUCAAGGAAUACGCACAGACACGAUAUUUACGUAUCUCUGCGCGAUGUGCCCUGUAUGCGUUUAUUAUAUAAAACUUAUAUAAAAUUCACUUACCUUAUUUCACAUAGUUCCUCGUUCCCAUAGAACACGCUCGUAUGAUUUUAUGUUAACAACAAUAUUUAUUACAUAAUAAUUAAGGACAUAAUAAUAACUUCUAUGGAUUUACAGUACAUUGUCGCACUAAACCUUAAUAUGUAUAAUAUGCAAUGGAAUGAUUACAAGUUCCCGAUACAAUCUUCGUUUAAAGCUGACUGCAUUUAUGAAUUUCUUUCUCUUUGCCUUUCUUCUCCUCUCCUCUCCACUCCCAUCUUCCAUCUCUACCUUUCAUUUUUAUUUUUUAUUUUUUUUUUUCUUUUUUCUUUCUUUUUUUUUCUUUUUUUUUCUUUUCCUUUUUUUUUUUUUUUUCUUUUUUUUUUUUUUUUUUUUUUUUUUUUUUUUUUUUUUUUAUAGAUUUCAUUUGGACGAGACAAUCAAAUAUACGAGUUUCAAUUGCUUCUCUCUCGCACCUUUCCAUUCUUUCUCAUUUCCUUUCUCUCCUAAAAGUCCACGUUACUUCGAAGAAGAUAUAUAUGCGUCUGGGGAUAUAUAUCUAUAUUUAUAUAUUAUUUUUCUUUUCAGAUGGGACGCUUCAGAAAGAUGCUUGUCGUCAGGAUCACCAUUUCCUUUUCCUUCUCCUUCCUUCCAAGACGUACUUCUUUAUCUUUCUUCUCUUUCUUCCUUUUUGUUUUUCUCACUUGUUCUGUUUCUUAUGAUGGUGAUCUAAAGUCUGCGAGUGUCUACGUCGAAAAAGAGAAGUAGAUCCUGCGGACGAAAUCAAGCAUCGGCCCCUUAAAACGCAGGAAAGUUGCUUUUUUUGUUGUUUUUGUAGAUUUUUUUUUUCUUUUUAUAUAUUAUACAACAAGAAACAAGCAUCCUCCUAUCUUAUAUGUAAAGAACGCACAGGAUCUACUGUAAAAAAUGGACAGUUUUCCUCCCUCGCGAAAACUAACCACAAAACCAACAAACUUCACGCGUGCUCUUUUUUCAUUUUUUAUUCUCAUCGCUCUAAUAUUCAAUUAAAUAUUUGAAUUAGCGUCGCGAAAAGACGUGGCCGAUGACAUUGAUGAACCAUUACCAGCAUCAUUAUCGGUUGCGAUAACGUGGCGAACACGCAACGCGAAUGCGCGGAAAUCAUUUCGAAAGGAACGAAAGGCGGCCGUUUAUUGCAUUGCUAAUGUGUCUACGCCACCAUCGUGAAUUAUAGGGGUAACCGGUGCGUACGCUUUUAUUUAAAAUCGCUCUCUCUCCCUCUCUCUCUCUCUCUCUCUCUCUCUCUCUCUCUCUCUCUCUCUCUAUCUCUCCCCUUCAUUAAAUAUUUCUGUCGCAAGAAAGACGUUACGUCACGUAUUACUAAAAAGCACGCACGCGGAAAAACCGCAAUUGUGAAAUUUCGUCGAGACAGAAAUUUUCGAAAUGAGGAGAAAAGGCUGUAAUGAAGUUAAUAAUAAACUGUCGCCGUGUGAGUCACAAUUUCUGACUUAUGUAUACCGCACACUGUGCUUAUGUAUCAUGAUUUCGAAUAUUACCAAAAUCUAACUUUUAAAGAUGCAACGACUACGUACAUAUGUUCCUCCAUGUCUCAACAAAAUAUCGAACGCUUAUAUUGUUAUAGUACCGUAGCGAAGUGUCGUUCUAUUCUCGCUUGAAUGAAAGAGAAAGAAAAAGAUAGAAGGAAGCGAAUGAACGAGAAUUAAUGGACGAGGAGUUUGUUCGUUCCACCUUCCGGUUCGAUAUUUUUCUUUCUUCUCGUCUUUGUUUCAUCGAUGUCAUCGUCCAACUCACGACACUUUUUAACAGUUAAACUUACGAACUCGCCUUAAAGAUUCUUUUUUUCUUUUUCAUUUAAGUACAAUGCUGCAUAAUAAUAGUAACUUCAUCUGGAACGCGCUAGCGAGAUAAUUGGUCCUGAAUGGAAAACGAUAGAACCAAACGACGGUUUUGUCUUAAUUUUCUUUAUGGAGAGUCGAGAAGUUGCGACAUUCCGAUGACAUAUGUCGGACACUUUCUUGUUUUCUUCCUAUCUCAUUUUCCUCACUCCCUUUUCAUUCCUUCUCUUCCGUAGUAAGAUUUUAUUACGAUCACUUAAGACGGCGAUACGAUUCUACCUUUGUAAAAUAUUUCAAAAUAUUUUUUAAUGCGUAGAAUGUAGGUUGUAUUCCGUCUCUCUCUCUCUCUCUCUCUCCCCCCCCCCCCGCCGCGUUUCUUCUUUUUAUUAUCCGUUUUUUCUCCACGGUCACUGAUCUUUCUUUAAACGCUCGAUUAUUUUUUUAUUAUCUUCGCCAUUUUAUCUUCCUCGUUGAUUUCAAGUCCGUGUUCAAUCGAGAUAAUUUAUUGGCCGAAAUGUGUCUAACAAGCACGUACAUACAAUAGGAUAGGCCCGUUCAUAGUUUCUUGUCUUUCGUAAAACAAUUAUAACAAUAUCUGCGGAUGUAACUUGUGGUAUUUAUAUCUGUGUGUGUGUGUGUGUGUGUGCGCGUGUUUAUGUGUGUGCGUGUAUACACGUAAUAUACACUCGUAUGUACGUAUACGUAUGCGCGCUCACGUUCGCGUUGCACGUAUAUACGACAUAGAAAUGACUUACGCUAUUUUCUUUUUCUGUAAUUAUUUCUCAUUCGUUUCAUACGCGUAAAAUACAGAUAAAAGAAAAUCGUAAGUCUUAUCACAUAUGUAUAUGCGUAUGUGCGAGCGAACGAGCGAGCGCGUGUGCUACUUAUACGUAUAUCUAUGUAUG